UGCUCAUUGCUGUUCUCUGACCGGCGCGCACAGUAGGAAACAUGGCGGCCGUCAGUAAGUAUCUGACAGCGAAGAAUUCUUCCAUAGCUGGCGGUGUGCUGCUGGUGUUAUACCUCCUCAAACAAAGAAGACGGGCCGCAAAACUGAACGGGAGGAAGGCAGGAUCUGAAGUAGUUCUGAGCAAAGAGCAGAAAGAUGCCAAGAAAGACAGAGCAGCUGUGGACAAGGUGUUCGUCCUACGGAUGUGCCGCCUGCUCCGGGUCAUGGUGCCUCGAUUUUUCUGCAAAGAGACCGGAUAUCUGAUACUGAUUGCAGCUAUGCUGGUGGCCAGAACCUACUGUGAUGUCUGGAUGAUUGAGAACGGCACCAUGAUUGAAAGUGGUAUCAUUAGCCGAGAUAUCAAUCUGUUCAAGCUGCACUUUUAUUCCUACGUGGCUGUCAUACCAGGGAUCGCCAUAGUGAAUAACCUCCUGAAGCUGGGGCUGAAUGAGCUGAAGCUCUGCUUCCGGGUGCGACUGACGAGGCACCUGUACGACGAGUACCUCAAAGGGUACACCUACUAUAAAAUGGGCAAUCUGGACAACCGUAUUGCGAACCCUGACCAGCUGCUUACUCAGGAUGUGGAGAAAUUCUGUAACAGUGUGGUCGAGCUGUACUCCAAUCUCAGCAAGCCCCUCUUGGACAUUGGCUUGUACAUCUUCAAGCUCACAAGUGCAAUCGGAGCACAGGGCCCGGCGAGCAUGAUGGCGUACCUGCUGAUCUCAGGCCUGUUCCUCACGCGGCUGAGGAGACCGAUCGGCAAGAUGACCGUCACCGAGCAGCGCUUCGAGGGCGAGUACCGAUACGUCAACUCCCGCCUCAUCACCAACAGUGAAGAGAUUGCCUUCUACAAUGGAAAUAUAAGGGAGAAGGAGACCAUUCACUCAACCUUUAAAAAACUGGUCAGCCACUUGCACAAUUUUAUCCUAUUCCGUUUCAGCAUGGGUUUCGUCGACAGCAUCAUCGCCAAAUACAUUGCCACAGUAGUGGGAUACCUGGUGGUGAGCAGGCCCUUCCUCAACAUCAACCAUCCACGCCACAUGAACAGCACACACUCCGAGCUGCUGGAGGACUACUACCAGAGUGGCCGCAUGCUGCUGCGCAUGUCCCAGGCUUUGGGCAGGAUCGUGCUGGCAGGCCGAGAGAUGACCAGGCUCUCAGGCUUCACAGCUCGCAUCACAGAGCUCAUCAAGGUGCUGAAGGACCUGAAUUCAGGGCGCUAUGAACGCACAAUGGUCACAAACACAGAGAAAGAUGCUGACGCUGCAGAAAAACUCACGUUAAUUCCAGGAAGUGGCCGAAUCAUCAACGUCGACAACAUCAUCAAGUUUGACCACACCCCCUUAGUGACACCUAACGGAGACGUCCUAAUCAAAGACCUGAACUUUGAGGUUCAGUCUGGUGCCAACGUUCUCAUUUGUGGCCCCAACGGCUGUGGGAAAAGCUCUCUGUUCCGUGUCCUGGGAGAGCUUUGGCCUCUAUUUGGUGGCUGCUUGACCAAACCAGAGAGGGGGAAACUUUUCUACGUCCCACAGAGGCCGUACAUGACUCUGGGUUCUUUGAGGGACCAGGUGAUCUACCCAGACACCUACGAGGACCAGAGGAGGAAAGGCAUCUCCGAUCAGGUGCUGAAGGAGUACCUGGAUAAUGUCCAGCUGGGCCACAUCCUGGACCGAGAGGGUUCCUGGGAUACGGUGCAGGACUGGAUGGAUGUACUGAGCGGAGGGGAGAAGCAGAGGAUGGCUAUGGCCAGGCUGUUUUACCAUAAGCCCCAGUUUGCCAUUCUCGAUGAGUGUACCAGUGCCGUCAGUGUGGAUGUGGAGGACUAUAUCUACAGUCACUGCAGGAAGGUGGGGAUCACCUUGUUCACCGUCUCACACAGGAAGUCCCUGUGGAAGCACCAUGAGUACUACCUUCACAUGGACGGCCGGGGUAGCUAUGAGUUCAAACCCAUCACAGAGGACACCAUCGAGUUUGGAUCCUAAACGAACGAUUGGUGCCCCCCUCCUUCCUCUUUCACCCCCACUCAAACCUUGGGUCCCACAGACGAGACCCAGUAACCCUUUCCCCUCCCCUCCCCUCCCCUCCCCUCCUGAUCCAGUGUCAUACGCUACCUUCUAAACGAUUCUGUUUGUAAUUCUAUAUUUGUUUGUUUUUGUUUCUUUUUUUUUUCUUUUGAUGAAGCUGUAUUUAUAGAUCCGUUCUAGUCUAAUUGAAGCCAAGUAUUUUUGUUGUUUUGAUUUUAUGUGAUUUGUAAUAUAUCUAGUCAGGUCCACAGAUCUGGACUGCCACUGUAUUGUGAAAGGCAGGCUAAUUCCUAAUGGUGUGUGUGUGUGUGUGUGUGUGUGUGUGUGUGUGUGUGUGUGUGUGUGUGUGUGUGUGUGUGUGUGUGUGUGUGUGUGUGUGUGUGUGUGUGUGUGUGUGUGUGUGUGUGUGUACACCUGUGUGUGUGUGUGUACACCUGUGUGUGUGUGCGUGUACACCUGUGUGUGUGUGCGUGUACACCUGUGUGUGUGUACACCUGUGUGCGUGUACACCUGUGUGUGUGUGCGUGUACACCUGUGUGUGUGUACACCUGUGUGUGUGUGUGUGUACAC